AUGACUGGUAACUCGGAUCUCACGGCUCCUGGGAGCAGUUCGUAUGCCUCGGAUACUCUACAUGUUGGCGACGGGACAUGGGAUGCAGGGCGCGAUACAUUCCUCUUGCCCAACUUGAUGGGGGUCAAUUUUGAUACAAUGCGAUACAAUGGCAUGGGAAACCGAUUCAAGGAUAUGCCCUACUAUCAUACCCUAAUAGUCGUACAUGGGGUGAUUGGGACAAUCGUAUUCCUGGGUCUUGUUCCGAUAUCAAUAUUAAUCAUUCGAUACUACUCUCGAUGGAAUCCGUUUGUGGCUUUCAAGUUGCAUGCCUGGUUCCAAGUCCUAACUCUACUGCUAAGCACAGUAGUGUUCGUCUGCGGAUGGUUUGCAGUUGGGCCGGAGAGGAGUCUCACAAACCCUCACCACGGGAUUGGACUGGCAAUCUAUGUUAUGGUUGUCUUUCAGAUCCUGUGGGGCUGGUUUCUCCACAAAGUAGAAAGCAAGCGGCAAAGAUAUCGAGUGCCCUUGAAAUUAGUGAUCCACCGGUGGAUUGGCCGGGCUCUUGCCAUCCUCGGACUCAUUCAGAUCCCCUUAGGACUCACCCUUUAUGGUUCACCAAAGUCGUUGUUCAUAUUAUAUUCUGUCGCUGCCUUUGCCCUCUUGGUUACGUUUUUCGUCCUGUCGUACCUAUAUGAUGAUGAGGGCUACCCACCGGGACCCGACCUUGACAGUCGACAUAGCUAUGUCUCUGGACCCCCGGCCCCCGGCCCUGCUGGUCAUCGCCAGAGCAGUUUCGGGCGAAUGGCGGCCGCGGGAGCCGCAGGAGCAGGACUAGCUUCACUCUUCAAGCGUCGCUCUCAGAGUAGGGGAAGAGAUGGUUAUGAGGACUCUCAUACGUCUUAUAUGUCGGAAAAGUACUCAGAUGAAGGAGCUCAGCGCAAAGGCUGGGGCGGUAAACUGCUUAAACUUGGUGCGGUGGGCGGUGGCGCUUUCCUCGCUAAGAAGUUCUUCGACAGGAGACAAAACCGAGAUAAUGAUGCCGAAUCUGGCCGGUAUCGGCGCGCCCAUAACCGAAGUGACAGCAUGACGGAGACCACGAUGAGUAGGAUGGAAGAUGGACGACGACCCGAACCAAGUCACAGAACCCCUCUCAAUCGCCCACCGAGCCGACCCCCGAGUAGACCUCAAAGUCCCGGGUCAUCAUACUACUACAAUACAACUUACUUUUCCGAUAACGACCAUGACCGACCUAACAAAGCUCGAAAUGCCCUGUUUGGUGCGGGCGCCUUUGCGGCCCUCAAAAACAUGUUUACUCGUCGCAAGGCAAAUGAUGAUGAUCGUCGUGUAGAAGAUAUGCGCCGUCGAGAGAUGGAGGAGGAAAGGCUUGCCCGAGCAGACAGCAAACGACGCUAUACUGGGGAUGGGUACCCGCCUCGCAGACGAACCGACUCCUUCACCGCGACUGACAUCUCCUCCACUGAGUUGACACGACCUCCGCGGGGACCUCAACACGGAGAAUCAGCUUUAUCUGGUGACCCGGCCAUGUCUGGAGCAAUCGAUGGGCAUCAUUCCGAUUUACCCCCAGGUGCACCUACCUCGGAAAUGCCAGGUCAUGCUCCCUCUCGACUUGAUCCCUCUGAUAUUGGGGCGGGAGCCGCCGCUGGAAGUGCCCUGGGUGCUGCCUCCAGCCAUCGCCGCCGAAGCAGCAGCAGGCACCGGAGCAGUAGUAGACACAGAGAUGAUCACACGAGCUCCCCACCAGUAUCGGUGAAAGUCAAAAUGCACAACGAUGGUCGGCAUGUCACACUCAGAAGGUUAACGGAGGAAGAGGCAGCCGCAAGUCGCGAAGCAAGACGUAGGGAACGGAGAAAUUCUCGUCGUCGCGCCGGAAGCGCAAGCUCCCUGUCAGGCAACGAAGGAGCUGCCGCUGCUGCUGCCGCCGCUGGAAUGUCCACAGCCCCAUCUGGAAGCGUACCUCCACCACCUAUCCCCCCGCCCCAGAACAUGAGCCAUAUGGCUCCCCCUCCCCCGCCACAUGUACCUUCCAGUCUGCCGUAUGGCCCAGGGAGCGUCACAUCCCCUGGUACAUAUACCGGUACAGAAGCAAGCGGAGACUACGCAAGCAAUCGGCGACGAAGACGAGCGGAACGAGCUCGCGCCCGACAAGAACGACAACACAGCGUGGAUUUCACUUGA